GCUACCUGGAACAUAUCCCAGUCCACGUGAUCGAGGCAAUCUUGAAGCGUGGAAUCCAAUUGGUCAGACCAGUGUUAGAUUAGACCUAAGCAAGGGCGCUUCCUGUUUUUAGUUUUUGCCUAUAGGAGGGGAGCAACAAGAUGGAGUCAUGGUCAGAUUUGCCAAAAGGAUGGCUGGGAGGGCCUUGUAUGCAUCGCGGAAGUUAGAGUAGCAGUUGUCGAGUGUGUUACUUGUUUGUGUACUGCAAUCGAUAUGCUGAUAUAAUUUAGGUAGCCUUGUUCUCUGAUUAGCUUUGUUAAAAUCCCCAGCUACAAUAAAUGCAACCUCGGGAUACAUGGUUUCCAGUUUGCGUGAAGUUCCUUGAUGGACGCCUUGGUAUCCGCUUGCGGGGGGGAUAUGCAUGGCUGUGACGAUAACCAAGUAGAGUUCCCUUGGGAGAUAAUUUUCGGUCAGCAUUUGAUUGUAAGGAAUUCUAGGUUAGGUGAACAAAAGGACUUGAGUUCUUGUAUGUUACAAUUACACCGUGAGUUUUUAAUCAUGAAACAUACACCCCGCCCUUCUUACCAGAGAGAUGUUUGCUUCUGUCGGCGCGAUUGUACUGAAAAUCCCGUUGGCCCGUUGGCUGUACGGACUCUGACAGCAAGUCCCUAACUAGCCAUGUCUCUGUGAAACAGAGUGUGUUACAAUCCCUGAUAUCUCUUUGGAAAACAACUCUUGCCCUAAUUUUGUUUACUUUGUUAACUAGGGACUGGACAUUAGCGAGUAAUAUACUCCGAAGCGGUGGGUGGUGUGCACGCAUCCGAAGCCUCACUAGAAGACCUCUCUGGAACCCUCUCCUCCUACAGCAUUGUUUUGGGUUGGCCUCUGGAAUCAGUUGAAAUGCCCUGGGAGGUGCAGACAAAGGAUCCGCUUUGGGAAAGUCGUAUUCCUAGUCGUAUUGCUGGUUGUGCUGGAGUCCUCCCCUCUCCAUGUGCAUCCCUAAUGGGCGGCUGGUCUCGUAUUGCGGUGCUGGAGCUGUACCGAGCACUGCUCUGUGCAGGGUGCCACCUUCACUACACAGACCGCAACUGCUACCAGCGCGCCGUGGCCGGGGAGUUCCGCCGCUGCCAGGCCCUGGCCGUGCCGAGCGACAAGGAGGACACACUGAAGAGGGGCCAGUUCUUCCUCAGCAGUAGACUGGGGGGGCUGAUGUAGGUGGGGGUCAACCAUCCAACCACACCUUUAGCAAGACGUGCUUGUCAGACCACUAACAGUUUUUCCCUUCUAACUCUACAUUCACAAAGACAGAAUGGCGGGAGUGAACGGUGACCGUAAAGGAAAGAAGGAUGACAACGGAAUGGGCACGGCAGUUGACUUUUUGCUCUCUAAUGCCAAGCUUGUGCUUGGGGUCGGAGGAGCUGCCAUGCUUGGCAUUGCAACACUAGCAGUCAAAAGAAUGUAUGACCGUGCCAUAAGUGCUCCGACCAGCCCUACUAAGAUGGAACCAUCAGGGAAAAGGAGCUGGGAGGAGCCCAGUUGGAUGGGCUCGUCACAACGGGUACUUAACCAUGACAUGAAGUCAACAGUGAGCAGGUCACUGCAGACUCUACCCACCACCUCCAACUCCUUUGAACCAGACUGCAUGCGGAGGGCAACGGGGCGGGGACGUAGCGCUGUAGGAGAGACCGACCUCCUCCGGGCCAGGAUGCGUCUCUCCUUACAGGAGAAACUGUGGGAGUUCUACCAGGAGCGAGUGACCAUUCCCGCUGAGGAGCAGGCCACAGCCCGCCGGGCCGCCCUGGACAUCUGCGCUGAGCUGAGGAUCUUCCUGCACGGCAAGCUGCCCGACAUGCCCCUCCGAGAGAUGUACCUCAGCGGCAGCCUCUACGAUGACCUGCAGGUGGUGACAGCGGAUCACGCUCAGCUCAUGGUCCCUCUGACCCUGGAGAAGAACCUGUGGUCGUCAGUGCCCGGUGAGGACACCAUUAUGAAUGUUCCGGGCUUCUGGCUGAUUCGCAGGGAGAACCUAGAAUACUUCCCCCGAGGCAGCAGCUACUGGGACCGCUGCAUGGUAGGAGGCUACCUCUCCCCCAAGUCUGUCUUGGAGGUGUUCGAGAAGCUGGUGGCGGGCUCCAUCAACUGGCCGGCCAUCGGCAGUGUUCUGGACUACGUGAUCCGGCCGGUGGUUCCCUCGGAGACGCUCACCCUGGAGGUCCAGUACAAGACGGACCGCCAUCUUUAUGUGGACUUCCUGCCUCUGCUGGUGAUGGACGACGGCGCCUCGCUGAUCGCCAAACCACACAGGCUGGCUGCUGAGCGCCACGAAAACCUUUGGCGGCAAAGCUUCCGCGUGGCGGAGACUGCGCGCCUGCGGGCGCUGGACCAGGAGGACGGGGGCUGCCGCUGCGCCUGCCUCAAGGUGACUAAAGCUGUGUGCAAGCUGAACCCCGCCUUGGCGCGCCUGUCGGCCAGUCAGCUCACCAGCGCCAUACUGCUGCUGAGCGAGAAGGAGGGCGACUGGACCCAAGAGGCGCUGGCUGACCGCUUUCUGCAGUUGCUCCGCUCGCUCGUGGGACACCUGGAGGCCGGGAGGCUCCCCUGUGCCCUGAUCCCAAAGGUCAACCUGUUCUGUGAGCUGACGCCAGUGGAGGUGGAUGAGUUAGGAUAUACCCUCUACUGUUCUCUUUCUGACCCAGAGGGACUCCUAAGGACUCCUUAUUCUGACUGAGUCUGGUCAUGGGUUCUAGGGUUUAGGAC